GGUCCAGGCUGGCUAGGGCGAGCGCGGGAGACUGCUGCUCAUGUUUAUUAAUGAGGCGGGCAGCCAAUCGGCCACGCCGGAAGCGCACGGCUCAUGAAUAAUCCAGCGAGCCGCUGAGCGGGACUGAGCUGCAGGAGGAAACGGUCCGACCCUGCGAACAUGGCGACCGCGAUGUACCUGGAGCACUACCUGGACAGUAUCGAAAACUUGCCCUGUGAACUCCAGAGAAACUUCCAACUGAUGAGUGAUCUUGACCAGAGGACAGAGGAUAAGAAGAAGGAAAUAGACACAUUGGCCAGUGAGUAUAUUGCAAACGUACGGGACUUCACCCCAGAGCAAAGAGUACAGCAUCUUCAGCGCAUCCAGAAUGCCUACAGCAAAUGCAAAGAGUACAGUGAUGACAAGGUGCAACUGGCUAUGCAGACUUAUGAGAUGGUGGACAAACACAUACGUCGACUGGAUGCAGACUUGGCACGAUUUGAAGCUGAUUUAAAGGAAAAACUGGAAGGGGCAGAGUUUGACAGUUCCUCAGGACGCACAAUAAAGAAAAAUCGUGGUCAAAAAGAAAAACGAGGUUCUCGGGGACGCAGGGUUUCUGAAGAAGACACUGUAAAGAAAAAGAAAUUAAAAGGAGGGCCAGUGUUUUCAGAGGCAGUGCUCACUGUGCAUCCUUCAGAUGUCUUGGAUAUGCCAGUAGAUCCCAAUGAGCCCACAUACUGCCUGUGUCACCAGGUGUCCUAUGGAGAAAUGAUUGGCUGUGACAAUCCAGAUUGUCCAAUAGAGUGGUUCCAUUUUGCUUGUGUGGACCUCACCACCAAACCGAAAGGAAAAUGGUUCUGCCCUCGCUGUACCCAGGAGCGAAAGAAAUGAUCACAACUCACAUCGAACUGUGAUGUCAACUUUGUCUUUACUACUUUAAUGUUCAGCUUUUCUCUUUGUAUCAUCCCCUGUCAUUUGUCAUUCUUCUGGAUAGUUUCAUAUUGAAGCACAGAGGCAGACAGGUUUGCACGGCCAAACUGUGCUGAGUAGAACAUCUCUUCCAUUGGAGGCUUUGUUGCACUUUGAGAAUGGUACCUCUGUAUUU